AUGUGGUCGGCAUCUUUGCUUGCCCGCCAUUCUGCGAGGACUGAAGAACCUGAUGAGCCCAAGUUGCUCAUCCCUGGCUUUCCCGUGCCCAACCCCACAGAAGCCUACUGGCAGAAUCCUCCUCACCGCAUCGCCAACCACCGUACCACGGCUGAGCUCCCAACGUCAGAGACCUUUGACUAUGUCAUCAUCGGCUCUGGUAUCUCUGGCGCUGCCACGGCGCAAAAGCUGCUGACGCGCGACCCGAGCUUGUCGAUCCUGAUGCUCGAGGCACGGACGGCGGCCUCAGGUGCUACCGGACGCAACGGCGGUCAUUGCCGCCCCGGCUCGUGGAAGAGCAUCAAGAUAUGGGUCGAUGCCUACGGCGAGGACGAGGGCCUCCGCAUCGGUCGGAUGGAGCAGGACUGCGUCAACGACAUACGUGACUUUGUUCAUGCACAAAACGUGUCGAGCGACUUCACCGACGUGGAGAGCUCCGACGUAUACUGGACGCGAGAGGCAUUCGAGGCGGCCCUCGAAGUCGUCGAGUACCAGCGCGAGCUCGAGGCGCGUCGACCCGACGACGUACCCAAGAACAAGCGAACAGUGUACAAGGGCCAGGAGGCGAGAGACUACUGGCAGUGGCCUGAGAUUGUCGGCGCUGUAACGUUCACGGCGCACACGCAGAACCCGUAUCACACCGUGUGCGCCAUGCUGGAGAUUGGCCUCGCCAAGGGUCUCAACCUGCAGACCAACACCAUGGCACUCAGCCUCACACAGCUCACGGCAAAGUCCGAGGACGGGGCCGGGUGGUCAGUGAAGACAAACCGAGGGACUGUCAGAAGCAAGCAGGUCGUCCUCGCCACCAACGGGUUUACCAACGCGCUGCACCCUGGCUUCGCUAGCACCAACUUCCUCGUGCCUGGGAGAAGCCAGGUCGCAGCCGUGCACCCUGAGGCGGACACGUCGGCCCACAGCGUGGUGUUCCAGCGCAGCAACUCAUACCCGGAUCUUCACAGUGGCAACAACUACAUCGUUGCGCGGCCACCCGGAUCAAAGGGUGCGGGUGACAUUGUGAUUGGUGGCAGCUCGGGCAUCUCGCCCACCAAGGAGGCCAAUACCACCGACGACUCGAUUGUGAAUGAGCAGAUUGCAACCGUGCUACACGGCGCCGCUCGUGUCGCGUAUGGAUACAAGAACUGGGGUGAGUCGACAACGGUCAUCCAAGACUGGGCGGGUAUCACAUGCGAUACCCAGGAUGGCCUGCCGGUCGUUGGGGACGUGCCUGGUGAUGAUGGUUUGUGGGCCAUUGUUUGCAUGAAUGGCCAUGGUAUGGCGUGGGCGUACCGUAGUGCUGAAGCGCUUGUCGACAUGAUGACUGUGGGUGAGGCGCCGGAAUGGUUCCCCAAGGCGUUCCGGGCCCAGCGUGCUUGGGAGGUCAAGGAUGACGAGAAGUAUGAGCUAUGA